GCCAGGAUUCCCAUCCAAAUCGAAAUCAAAACCAAAACAAACCGCAAGCAGACACGUGUUUGGCGCGAAACGAAAUCGGACACCGAGCAGAGAGUUCUAUAUCGAUAUAGGAUAUAGGAUAGGGAAAUUGUGAGCAGUGACCAGUGAUUUGCAUAGUGCUCCCGUGCAAUCCUCCAGAGAGGCCUUCAUCCUGGCCAUGUCCCGACGCAAACAGGCCAAGCCGCGCGCCUGUCUCAAACUUGGCGAAAAGGAGGAGGAGCAGGAGCAAAAGCCCAAUGUGGAUGACCUGCUGGAGCCGAAGGAGGAGCUGCUCAGUGCCGACGAGGAUGGGGAUGGGGAUGGGGAUGGGGAUGUGGACUCCGAUGAGGAGGAGGAUGCUGAGGGAGAGCUGCUUACUGAGGAGAGGCCACUCAAGCCCAAUGAAUCACAGCCACAAAGCCACUGGACAACAGCUGAUGAGGAUCCAGGCAGGGCCUCGGCUGUGCCAAAAGAAGAAGCAGAAGAACUACAACACCCACGGGAUAAGGAAGGUCCUGCUGCUGUGGCUGCUGGUGCAUCCGGUGCAGCUGCCAAUGCCAACGGGCACUGCAAGUCCUCUGGUAACAGUGAAAGCGCAGUGGAGGAGGAGGAGCCAGAAGACAUGGACUUGGAUGACGACCUGCUGAGUCUCAGCGGCGAAGAGGACUACGAUGAUGAAGAGCUGCAAAGUCUGGACAGCUUUUACUCAGACAUGUACAGUACCCACACCUCGUCCAGCUACUCGCCGAGCAUCUCCGAUGGUACGAUGACACCCAAUGCCCAUCAUCUGGCGGCUGCCUCAGCGAAUGCUUUACAGGAGGAUCUCCACCUUCCGACUGAUGGCAAGUCCAACGGCGUGCCCGGAGCGGAGGAGCCUGCCAAGCCUGCGAAGCGACAGCCGCACUUCCAUCAUCACCAUCAUCACUACCAUCACCAGCAGGCCCUGAAGAUUGCCAACAAGCUGCGCAAAAUCAAUAAGGAGGCCAAGCUGGCAGCCGCCGGAGGAGCAGGCGCUGGAGCCGGAGCAGGAACUGGCGGUGGCGGUGGUGCAGCCGCAAAGUUUGAUAAGUUGACAGGCGAAGGCAUUAAGAGUCGCGGCGACGGCUCCUAUCAGUGCCAGUUCUGUGAUAAGACAUUUCCCCGUCUCGGCUACCUGAAGCAUCACGUGCAGAGCCAUGCCGAGCACUUGCCCUUCAAGUGCGAGUACUGCGCCAAGCUGUUCAAGCACAAGCGAUCCCGGGAUCGCCACAAGAAGCUGCACACCAACGAGCGGAACUACAAGUGUCCACACUGCGAGGCAGCCUUCUCCAGGAGCGAUCACCUGAAGAUCCACAUGAAGACGCACGACAUACAGAAACCCUUCCAGUGCAGCAUGUGCAACAGAGGCUACAACACGGCUGCGGCACUCACCUCGCACAUGCAGAAGCACAAGAAGAAUGCCGCCAUACUGGCAGCCGGCGGCAAUCCCAAUGCCCUCAACUAUAGUCCCAGGUCCACGGGCUCCGCCUCAGCGUCCGUGUCCAGCAACGGGAGCCUGCACAAGCGGCGCUACGCGCUGGCUCUGGCCACCGACAGCAGUCCCAGUCGGCUGGACUUUCCCAAGAGAUCGCGCAGCAGCCAUGUGCCCACACCCACGCCGCUGCUGCGCUGCAGCUACUGCCCCAAGGUGACAGAGUUCAGCAGCCUCGAGCAGCUGAAUGCACAUCUCCAGGGUGUCCACGAGCAGCAGCAGCAGCAGCAGCAGCAGUCCCAGCAGGAGCGACAGCCAUCGGCAAAGGGCAAUCCCGUGCAGGAGGCAGACACCUUCCAGCUGAGCUGCGAAUAUUGCACCAUGAAGUUCGGCAACAUUGCCGGCCUCUUCCAGCACAUGCGCGCCACCCACUUGGAUCGUCUGAGCAGCCCCAACUCCUACUACGAGCACUUCAAUCGCCUGGCCACCGCGGGCACCUUCAGCCCGAGACUGGCGCUGGAUUUGCCCAAGAUCAAGCCGGAUCUGGGCAGCCCGGAGCGAGAGAACCGAGCCUCGGAGGAGGACCUGCCCACGGAUCUGAGCAGCAACAAGCGCAGACCGCAGACACCAGCCAACAAUCCUGCGCCCCAUCCUCCUCCGCAGGCACCUCCUGGCAUCUUCUUCUGCAACCAGUGCAACGCGGGCCUGCCCGACUUUGAGAGUUUCCGCAAUCAUCUGAAGAGUCACAUAGCCGAGGGCAUGCAGCUGGUCUGUCCCCACUGCGGGCUGAGUCUGCCGGAGCAGUCGGACUUCGAGCGGCACGUCGUGGGGCACUUCCUCAUCGCCAGCGCCGAGUUCAACUGCGGCUCCAGCUGUGGCAAGAGCUUCGGCAAGGCGGAGGAGCUGCAGCAGCACCUCAUCGCCGAGCAUGUCCUCACGCUGCUGAAGUGCGCCCUCUGCUCGGAGGUGUGCGACACGCGCAUGGCCAUGCAGCUCCAUCUGGCCUGUGCCCACAGCCAGGAAACGAAGCUGCUGCGCUGCAGCGCCUGCAUGGAGGUCUUCCGCUCCGACGGGGACUUCCAUGUGCAUGUCAAGACGCGCCACCAGCUGGGCGGCGGCCAUCAUCAUCACCAGCAGCAGCAGCAGCAGCACCCACACCAGCAUCAUCCAGCAUCCAAUCCGUUGCAGUGCAUGUUCUGCCGUGCCGUUUGCUCCUCCGAGCUGGAGAUGCACUUCCAUUUGGCGGCGCAUGCGCGACAGUUCCGCUGCCCCUCCUGCCCGGAGACCUUCCACGUGGAGUUUCUGCUGGACAGGCACAUGCAGAGCCAGCAUGGGGGAGCCAAGGACAAGGAGCAGGCCCAGUCCCAAUCCCAGAGCUCACCGAACAUGGGCAGCCUCUAUGUGAACGCGCUGCUGCCACCGCUCGCAGCAGCUGCCGCAGCCGCAGCUGCCACCAACAACAACAGCAGCAUCAUCGACUACAACGUGGCCUUCAAGGGAUUGUUCGGGGGAGGAUCGACAGCCGGAGGCAGUGCACCCACUGGGUCCAAGUUCUACAGCCCGCUGCAGGUGGACACGAAGGCACAAACCUCGCCACAUCCCGCCCUGAUGUACGGCCUCAGCCAGCGCUAUCUGAUGGAGAUGUACGCCGCCAAGUCCACGUCGCCGGUGAACAGCAACGCCAACGAAUCAGCAGGAGGAGGACCUGGAGCUGCUGCUCCUCCACCAGCAACACAAGCGCCUGCGCCGCAAGCCACUCCAGCUGCCACCUUCAGCUGCGGCAUGUGCGAGCGGCAGGAUCUGCGCAGCGAGGCGGAACUCCACUCGCACCGGAAGCUGGCCCACAACCUCAAGACCGGCGUCAGUCUGCGCUGCGCCUACUGUGCGGGCAACUUCAAGUCGCGGGCCGAGCUGGAGCAGCACAUGAAGAGCUGCCACAACUCGACGGGCAAGCACAAGUGCCUCAUCUGCGACGAGAUCUUCCCCUCGCCGGCCAUCCUCGCGGAGCACAAGCUGCAGCACUCGAAGGUGGGGCAGUCGGGCAAGUGCGCCCACUGCAGCCAUCCGCUGGAGGAUGUCGCCGCCUUCCGGGCCCACCUCAGCGAACAUGGCAGCGACGGGGCCUCACUGCCGCUGGCCUGCAUCUGCUGUCGCCAGACCCUGCACUCGGAGUUCGAGCUGAGUCUCCAUGCCAAGUUCCACACAAAGUCCGCGUCCAGCGGCGGCAGCCUGCAGGAGCCAGUCUGCGCCCUCUGCCUGGAGCCCCUGCCUGGUGCAGUGGAGGGUCCCACCACUCCGGCGAAGCUCUGCGAGAAGUGCUGCCGCAAGCACAACCUCAACGGCAAGCGGAGCAAGGGCAGCGAGGCGCCCGUGCUUCAGGCUCCUCCACCGGCGGCGCCCUACCUGGAGAACCGCUGCAACCUGUGCAAGAUGAUCCUGCCACACGCCCAGAAGCUGCAGGAGCACCUCGUGGAGCACACCUUUGCGGGCACCGAGCAGCGCGGCUACAACUGCUACAUCUGCUCGGCUGUGUUUACGGCACCCGGCGGCCUCCUCGGCCACAUGGCGGAGCACGGCGCCCACUCGCGGCCCUACGACUGCAGCAUUUGCCCCGAGAAGUUCUACUUCCGCGCCGAGCUGGAGCACCACCAGCGGGCACACGAGCUGCGUCCGGCGGUGCAUCGUCCAGCGUUGGCCAAGCCAGAGCCUCCGCUGCGACGCAGCGCCUCGCCCAGUCCGAGUCCGAGUCCCGUGCGAAGUCCCACGACCGUCAAGCAGGAGCUCUACGACUCGGAUACGGCGCACUCGGCUGGCGAUCAGCCAGAGCCCGCUGCGGAGGAGGAGGAGUACAUAGAGGUGGAGCAGAUGCCACACGAGACGCGGCCCAGGGAUGUCAUGUCACAGCUGGAGAGGGCCACAAACAGCGCCUGAGGAAGGACUUCAAGGAAGAAGAGCUCAAGUAUUGCCAGAGUAUUUCCCACAUUUAAA